AUGCAGGGGUUCGAAUGGCACGUGCCAGCUGACCAACGCCAUUGGAAGCGCCUCCAGAAGGUGAUACCCGAUCUGAAAGACAUCGGAGUCGACAAUAUCUGGAUUCCGCCUGGGUGCAAGGGGAUGAACCCAUCUGGAAUUGGAUACGAUAUUUACGAUCUGUAUGAUCUUGGGGAAUUCGACCAGAAGGGCACCAGAGCCACGCGAUGGGGCCCGAAGGAGGACCUCCAGAGCUUGGUACAGGCCGCACAAGAUAUGAACAUUGGGAUUUACUGGGAUACUGUGUUGAACCAGAAGGCUGGGGCAGAUUCGACUGAGAAGUUCACAGUCGUCAAGAUGGACCCAGAAGGUGAUUCUUUCUCCGGUGAUACAGAGAAGACCAGAAUGCUUAUAGACGUCAAAAUCCUUGCAGAUCGGAACACUGAAAUAUCUCCGCCUCUGACCAUCUCUGGUUGGGUCGGCUUCGACUUUCCGGGACGUGGUGAGAAGUAUAGCCCCAUGAAGUAUCACUGGCAACAUUUUACUGGUGUGGACUGGGACGAUGCGACCCAGCGGCAUGCAAUAUACAAGACACUGGGGCAGAACAAAGACUGGGCAAGGGACGUGAGUGAUGAGCACGGAAAUUACGACUACCUGAUGUUCGCCGAUCUCGACCAUUCCCAUCCAGAGGUUCAAGCUGAUAUAUUGAAGUGGGGAGAGUGGAUUGGCACCGAAUUACCAAUCAGUGGAAUGCGAAUCGAUGCAGCAAAGCAUUAUUCCGCCACUUUUCAGAAGGGAUUUGUGACACAUUUGCGCAAUACAGUUGGUGCUGAUUACUUCUUAGUCGCAGAGUACUGGAGAGGAGAGGUGGGUCUGCUUCUUGGGUAUCUCAAAUUAAUGGAUUAUGGGGUUUCCUUGUUUGAUGUGCCACUUAUGGGCCGGUUUGCAGCUAUUUCCAAGAUGGCAGGUGGCGAUCUACGGAAGAUUUUCAAGGGCACGUUGGUAGAGCAGAUGCCAUCACACGCUGUAACCUUUGUUGGCAAUCAUGAUACCCAACCUGGACAAUCAUUAGAGACUAUCAUUGCACCCUUCUUCAAACCUCUGGCAUACUCGUUAAUCCUCCUUCGAAGCCAAGGGCAGCCAUGUGUCUUUUACGGAGAUAUCUAUGGAAUCAAUGGUGGACCCGAGCCCCAACCGGGGCCAUCAUGCAGCGGAAUGCUUCCUAUACUUACGCGUGCCCGAAAGCUAUAUGCACACGGGGAGCAACGAGAUUACUUCAAAAGACGGAACUGCAUUGGAUUCGUGCGCUAUGGGAGCUAUAAACACCCAUUCGGUCUUGCCUGUAUCCUCAGCAACGGUGGCGCAUCGAACAAGCGCAUGUUUGUUGGUCACGGACAUGCCGGAGAAUUGUGGACAGAUAUUCUCGGCUGGCGAGACGAGACGGUACUCAUUAAUAACUGUGGCUAUGGAGUUUUCCCAGUCGCCGCUAUGAAUGUUAGUGUCUGGGUGAACUUUCAAGCGGAGGGGAGAAAUGGAAUCAAUCGGCCUUUCAACGAUAACAUAUACGGCUUCUAA